AAGGGCCCCAACGGGUUGGUUAGGAUGACUCCGUGUGCCACAUCACUCUCAGUGGCAAUCCAGGGAGCGGAUCUGUGAAACGAAGCUCGGUGGAUCCCACCCCUUUCCUCCAGAGCUUCCCUUUCCUGUCCUUAUUUGCACCCGCCCCCCGCCCGCGUCGGUCUGGGACUUUUGACUUCGUCCCGAACACAUUUCCCCUCCCGCCGCUGGGUCCCUGCGAUCGCCCCCAGCUGGUGGGGCUCGCGGAACCCAGGGGAGCCGGGUCCUCUGUGCCGCUGCAGCGCGAGUUAAUAAACAGUUAAGUUUGAAAGACUCUGCAGACACGUUGAGGGGGAGUUACCAAGCCCAGGCAGCAAAAACAUCCUGGCACAUUCCUGGGGAGUCCUCAGCUGCCAGCAUCUGAUUAGAACCAUAUCUCUCGCCGGGAGUGGCCGCGCGGCUCCGGAGCUCCCGGCCGGCGGCUAUUUAAGCGAGGCCCGCCGCAUCCGCUGCGCUGCAGCCUGGAGGCUCCGGGCGCGGGGAAGUCAUGCUCGCUUCGCGGAGGCAAUAGCUAGCCGUGCAACAGAAAGAAACCAAGUGUGUUUGAACAUAUGUCAGAGGGCUGGCAUAAUCAUAUGAAGAAUGCUCAACCAGUUUGGCUAUGGGACAAAAUGUGAAUCUACUAGGGAAACAUACAAUUGCCCUCUGAGUCAGAAGAUCAGAAGUUGCAGUGGCUACACACAGCGUCUGUGGGAGGUUAUGUUUAUUUGAGACUUCUCCAUCGGGGAUCGCCUGGUGUCACCAAGUGUUCACUGGUACUGGGGUUUGCUGCCUGCCUUCUUGCCAUGUCUAACGAAGUGGAGACCGGUGCCACCAAUGGUCAGCCCGACCAACAGGCCGCACCAAAAGCACCCUCAAAGAAGGAAAAAAAGAAAGGCCCUGAAAAGACAGACGAAUAUCUCUUAGCAAGGUUCAAAGGUGAUGGUGUAAAAUAUAAGGCCAAGCUGAUUGGUAUUGAUGAUGUGCCAGACGCAAGAGGGGAUAAAAUGAGCCAAGACUCUAUGAUGAAACUAAAGGGAAUGGCGGCAGCUGGUCGGUCUCAGGGACAACACAAACAAAGGAUCUGGGUCAACAUUUCCCUUUCUGGGAUAAAAAUAAUUGAUGAGAAAACUGGGGUAAUAGAGCAUGAACAUCCAGUAAAUAAGAUUUCUUUCAUUGCCCGUGAUGUGACAGACAACCGGGCAUUUGGUUACGUGUGUGGAGGAGAGGGCCAACAUCAGUUUUUUGCCAUAAAAACCGGGCAACAGGCUGAACCAUUAGUUGUUGAUCUUAAAGACCUUUUUCAAGUUAUCUAUAAUGUAAAGAAAAAGGAAGAAGAAAAGAAAAAGAUAGAGGAAGCCAACAAAGCAGUUGAGAAUGGGAGCGAAGCCCUAAUGAUUCUAGAUGACCAAACUAACAAACUGAAAUUGGGUGUUGACCAGAUGGAUUUGUUUGGGGACAUGUCUACACCUCCUGACCUAAAUAGUCCAACAGAAAGCAAAGAUAUCCUGUUAGUGGAUCUAAACUCUGAAAUCGACACCAAUCAGAAUUCUUUAAGAGAAAAUCCAUUCUUAACAAACGGCAUCACCUCCUGUUCUCUUCCUCGACCAAAACCUCAGGCAUCCUUCUUGCCUGAAAAUGCCUUUUCUGCCAAUCUCAACUUCUUUCCCACCCCUAAUCCUGAUCCUUUCCGUGAUGAUCCUUUCACACAGCCAGACCAAUCGACACCUUCUUCGUUUGAUUCUCUCAAAUCUCCAGAUCAGAAGAAAAAGAAUUUGAGUAGCUCAUCUACUCCACUGAGUAAUGGGCCCCUGAAUGGUGAUGUUGACUACUUUGGUCAGCAAUUUGACCAGAUCUCUAACCGGACUGGCAAACAGGAAGCUCAGGCAGGCCCAUGGCCCUUUUCGAGUUCGCAGACCCAGCCAGCAGUGAGAACUCAAAAUGGGGUAUCUGAAAGAGAACAGAAUGGCUUCUCUGUCAAAUCCUCCCCGAACCCUUUUGUGGGAAGCCCUCCCAAAGGACUGUCCAUACAGAAUGGCGUAAAGCAGGACUUGGAAAGCUCUGUCCAGUCCUCACCACAUGACUCCAUAGCCAUUAUCCCACCUCCACAAAGUACCAAACCAGGAAGAGGCAGAAGGACUGCUAAGUCUUCGGCCAAUGACUUGCUUGCAUCAGACAUCUUUGCUCCUCCCGUCUCAGAACCUUCAGGCCAGGCGUCACCCACAGGACAACCUACAGCCCUGCAGCCCAACCCUCUGGAUCUCUUCAAAACAAGUGCUCCUGCCCCAGUGGGGCCCCUGGCGGGUCUAGGUGGUGUAACUGUCACACUCCCUCAGGCAGGACCAUGGAACACAGCAUCUUUAGUCUUCAAUCAGUCCCCUUCAAUUGUUCCGGGAGCCAUGAUGGGUGGUCAACCUUCAGGUUUUGGUCAGCCUGUCAUUUUUGGUACAAGUCCAGCUGUUCCAGGUUGGAAUCAGCCUUCACCCUUUGCAGCCUCAACUCCCCCUCCAAUGCCUGUUGUCUGGGGCCCUUCUGCAUCUGCGGCACCCAAUGCUUGGUCAACAACAAGCCCUUUGGGGAAUCCUUUUCAGAGCAAUAUUUUUCCAGCUCCUGCUGUGUCCACUCAGCCCCAGUCCAUGCACUCUUCUCUCCUGGCCACUCCUCCUCAGCCACCUCCCAGAGCUGGCCCUCCCAAGGACAUCUCCAGUGAUGCCUUCACUGCCUUAGACCCACUUGGGGAUAAAGAGAUCAAGGAUGUGAAAGAAAUGUUUAAGGAUUUCCAACUGCGGCAGCCACCUGCUGUGCCUGCCCGGAAGGGAGAGCAGACUCCUUCUGGGACUUCGAGUGCCUUUUCCAGUUAUUUCAACAGCAAGGUUGGCAUUCCUCAGGAGAAUGCAGACCAUGAUGACUUUGAUGCUAAUCAACUAUUGAGUAAGAUCAAUGAACCACCAAAGCCAGCACCCAGACAAGUUUCCCUGCCAGUUACCAAAUCUGCUGACAAUGCAUUUGAGAACCCUUUCUUUAAAGAUUCUUUUGGUUCAUCACAAGCCUCUGUGGCUUCUCCUCAACCUGUAUCUUCUGAGAUAUAUAGGGAUCCAUUUGGAAAUCCUUUUGCCUAAAUUCUGAACUUGGUCUGCAGACCAUCCGGAGGAAUAAAAAGGUUGGCCUUAGUAGUCAAAAACAAAGCUGAUAGCCAGACAUGCCCUGAUUUCUGCCUUUGUUCCAGCUUUGACAUAUUAUCUGUUGCCUUAUUUCUCGUUGCCUCUUCUACCUGUAAAAUGCUUUUCACUUUCUGUCUAGGUUAAAGCUAAACUGAAUCUAUGGCUUUAAUUAAAUUAAGAUCCUAAACUCUCUAGCUUAAGUGUAAAUGAAGUACAGUAGUUUUCCUACUGAACCCUGCCUAUUGUGUCCCUGGAACAUUCUAGAACACCUGCCUUCUGCCCUCUGGUUGGGAGAUGCAGCCACCACAUCCCUUCAUCUCAUAGUGUUUUGAAUAAAUUUUCAAAUCCUUAUUGUUCAAAGUUGUUCGGGGGUUCUGUUUCAGAGCAUAAAACCUAAAGGUUAUAGUAGAACAAGGCACCUUCUUAAAAGAAAUCUUGCUUUAGACCGUCAGUUACAGAGAAUUUCUAAAGUAAAAUUGAAGCAACUACAACUUCUCCUUAGACACUUUGGAAUCUAACCACUGAAGGACCUUUUUAAAAAGAUAGCUUCUCUUCUUUCUGAAGAUCAAUUUCUCCCAAGGCCAAGAUUGUCCUUUUCUCCCAUCUCCUGCUAGCCAUUGCAAAUGAGGGAAGAGCAUUAUUCAUCUCUCCUCUCGUUUUCUUCCUGAUUCUUUUUUCAGUCAGUUUCGCUCCUGGGUUCAAGUAGCAUUACCACUCUUUCACAAGCAACAGAGAUUCUCACAGGGCAAAAAAAAAAAAAAAAAUCUAAUGAUUCACAGACAGCUCUGGAGCCUCUCUUCAUUCUCGGUAAUUGCUAGUCCCAAGAACUAGAAUUGCAAAUGGGCACAACCUAUAUCCUUCCUGUGGAAGAGGAGGCCUUUCUCUUGAGCUGAAGUUCCAGAAGAGCAGUUAAUGUUCAAGAGAAAUUGAACUCAACUCAGCAACAAAGGACUCUAUUUUGCAGAGCAACAUAUCAGCUAAAUGUGAUUGUGCCAAACACAUUAGGUGCUUAUUUGGGGUCGUGCUAGGCCUUUAACAAGUAACUGGAAAACCUUCUUGCAGCCACAAUCUUAUCAUCGUUAGUAGGAAGAUAAGUGGGGAGGAAAAAGUUGAACAAAUGUUUGGGGUCACCAUUGAAAAUCUAAUGUCUGCAAUAUUUUUCUCCUCGUAACUUGGAAACAUUCCCAGUUCAUUUUCAGUCCUGUUGUGAGCACAGUUCUGAAGGGUUUAUUCUUGUCAAAAUAAGUUUGUUUUCUUUUGUUUAUGUUGGGUUUUUAAUGUUGUCUCUUGACCCUUAAUGCUCAGGUUCUUGUGGGAGUUCAUCAACCACAUCCAAUGUUACCUUGAGGGGGAAGAAGAGGGUGAUGCUCAGAAGCUAAACAAGACAGUGGCCACAUGACCCUCUAUUGACUAGCCCCAAGUAGAAAGUCCUGUGGUUUUACGUUUAAUGGUAAUAGCUGAUCAUAUAUGGCAUAAUUUUCUAUCAGCUUCCUAUUCAGUCACUAUAAACACAGACUUGAAAUAGUACUUUAAAUGUCCAAAUACCUAAAUGUGGUAAACUGGAGGUAACUAUUUCUAGGUAGUUCAAUUUUUGAAAGUCAUGAUCAGCCACACAACUGUUUUGUACAUACUUAUUUUCUCAUGCACUUUUCUGUAUGCAAAUAAAGCUAUAAAUUUACUCAUUUCAAUAAACUGGAGUGGCAGAAUA